AUGAAAUCAACAACACAAGGGGUAGAUUUCACAACAAAACAGAUAUUUGAAAAUAUCAAUCCCAAUAUAUUAGCAUCAGCAUUUAAUGACAUGAUCCAAAAUCAAGACAUCCCAAAAUGCUGGAAACAAGGAUGGAUUAAAUUAAUCGGAAAAAAAGAUAUAAUCACAGACUACAAAGAUCUAAGACCAAUCACAAUCAUGAAUAUUGGAUAUAGACUCCUAUUCAACAUUAUAACAUUCAAACUUAAAGAUUGGGCCGAAUCAAAUAUCAACAUUAGACAACAAGCAUUCACCCAAAAUCGAGAAACAACAAAUCACUGCAUCCUCAUACAAGCCCUCAUUAACAAAUUCAAAAAGAAAGGAUUCAUUCUAACCAAUAUAGAUAUUGCUGCUGCAUAUGAUUCCAUUGAACUCAAAAUCAUUGACAUGGCGCUCACCCACUGCAAAUUCCCCCAAGAACUUAAAAACUUCAUCAUUAAUGCUUACUCAAAUCAUCAAAUCCAAAUAGAAUGGAAUCAUACACUAUCAGAAAAAUUCACCAAGACAAGAGGAAUCCCACAAGGAUGUCCUCUAGCUCCUCUAAUCUAUAACUGCAUCUCCCAAAUGAUUAUUGAUAAAAUUAUUGAAAGAGAAAAACUCCCAAUCACUCCACAAGAUCUAGACAUUGAUGAUAUUGCCACACUUUGUUUUGCCGAUGAUAUGUCAAUUAUCAAUUCUAACAUUACUCUCCACAACAAAAGACUCAAGAAAAUUAACAGAUGGUUCAAACAAAUAUUCCUAGAAAUUAAUCCAUCCAAAUCAGUUACAACUUCACUCCCUAAACCAAAUGAGGCCUUGAUUAACAAUACCAAAAUUCCAAACCAAGACAACCAAAGAAUCCUCGGAGGAUAUCUUUUUGAAUCUAAAUUAUUUAAGGAAGAACUAGAAAAAAGGAAACAUAAGAUGAUGAAUAUCCUUAACAUCCUUCCAAUUAAUCUGAUUCAACCAUAUAAUCUCAAACAAGUAGUCACAUCUAAAACCUUAUCCCAAAUUAGACACCUUGCACGCAAUAAUUCAAUAAACCAAUCCCAAAUAGAAUCAUUCGACUCUUCAAUCAGAAACCAAAUCAAAAGAAAACUAAAUAUUGAUGCAAGAACACCUAAAGAAUGCCUAUACUUACAAAUCUACCAAGGAGGAAUGGGUAUUCCAUGCCUUGAAAUGAUGACUGAUAUCAUAACCCUAAGAUCAUUAAUUAAUAUCUCAUGUCACAAUUACCAACUCAUGCAAGAAGCGGUAAAUGAUGCUAUCACAUCAACAUUCAACACCAAAAAAUCCAAAAACCUAAAUAUAUUUGAAAACUUCCACCACAUAGCAAGGAAGUAUGAGCUUAAAGUUGAUAACUGCAACUACAUACCUCAACUUGUAAAUGAAGAAUCACUAAAAUACCAUAAGAAAUGUAAAAACUUUGAAGUAUGGACUGAUGGAUCUAAAACUGAACAAGGAACUGGAUUUGGUAUUAUUUUACAGUCCAAAAAUAUAACAACUAGACACAAAUUCAAACUUGACCCAAUCCAUAGCAAUAACUUAGCUGAACUACUAAGUAUUGUCUACACUCUCCGAUUAUUACCAACAAAAUCAAAAGCAAAAAUCUACACAGACAGCGAAAUAAGUAUCAAUUUGCUAUCAAAUCCUAAAUACCGAGAACCAUUUCUCCCCCUUAAAACUGAAUUUGAAUUCCUCAAGAAAUCUAAAAACCUACAAAUCACCAUCAUCAAAGUUAAAGGCCACCAAAAUAGUGGUAACAUUCACGUAGACAAAUUAGCCAAAAAGGGAUGCACAUCAGGAAAAUUGAUAAUUCCUCACAGACAACUUACCCAAAACCAAAUUAUCCUCAAAUCCAAUAACCACUGGAUUCCAGAUAUUGCAACAUUCAUCAAGAACAAACAACUUCAGAAAUGGAAUGAAUCAAUAACUUUGAAGAGCAGGAAUAAGUUUAACCCUUCUUGCAUCUUCCCAACAACAUUCAAUUUCAUGAAGUCAAAGAAUAUCUCUCCCCAACAAAAAUAUGCAAUCUGGAGAAACAUGCACAAUGUUCACAUGAAAACAUUUAAACAACAAACUCACACCUGCCCCAGAUGUAAUUGCACCGGAACUAUUGAACAUUAUUCCACACGUUGCACAUUACUAUCGGAGGAAAGAAUGUAUGCUAAACAACAGAUGAAGAGGCUUCUGACACAUAUUUUACAAGAAGAAAACAGGACAUCAUCAAGUACUGGGUAG